UUUAGUGGGGAAGCAAAAGCCAGACUGCUAUUUAGAUGGCUUCAUUGGAGAGCUGUCCGUGUCCCAUACACCGCACGACCCCGGACAGUCUCAGGCAGAAAUAAACAGGAAGAAAGGCAAUGUUCCUUUUUGAGCAUUUAGCCCGUUAAUUCAAAGUACACAUACAGCCCAAACAGCAUGGAGGGUGACUUCAGCUUCCAGCCCUCUGACUCAAGGUUUCACCUAAGCUCCCCACUUCCCAUGAGCCUUAGGGGCUGAAGGCGGGGCUAACCCCCAGGUCGCUACAAUAUAAAAAAAAAACAAUGAGGGAAGGAGUUUUAUCUAAACUGUGAACUUGUUUACUUAGCCAGCCAGUUCCUUCCAGCGCACGCUGUUAUGUGAAGCUGACCGUUUCUUUGGAUCAUCUUUACGCACGGCCUCUUGCUGACUGUCACACACAGAGGGAGGCGUGCUGCGCGCGGGGGGUUAGGGUGGGGGUGUCAGAGAAGAAGCAUCAUCUGAAAAUCCCACAUCAAUUCAAGCUGCAGUCAAAUCCUCUUGACAACGUGACGUCCGGCAGGCUGGACGCUCGUGGGCCCGCGCGUGUGACUGCGCACGGGCAUGUGUCGGAGCGUCAUGCGGGAGUCCUGUAGAGUCGCUGGAGCUUGGUAGGGUCCUAGUGGGCCUUCUGCAUCAGCUGCUGACUGUGGACCGACACUUGGGCUCGUGCGUCAUUUCCAGUCGGCCCCCAUGAACUGUUCGGUCCGGUGCGCGCCACGGCACCCCUCUCCAAGACAAUGAGAUCCAGGACGCUCCUGUCCCUCAGCCUGAACUUCUUAGCGCUAUUCUUCGCCAUCACCGCGUUCGUCUCCACGUACUGGUGCGUGGGCACCCAGCGGGUCCCCAAACCAAAGUGCAGCAAGCUGCGCACGCACCAGUGCAUCGAUUACGGGGUGAACGAGACCGACCCCAAUAAGGUGGUCUACAGCUGGGAGACCGGGGACGACCGUUUCUUGUUCCGCCAGUUCCACACCGGCAUCUGGAUCUCCUGUGAGGAAAACAUCCACGAUGAAAGUGAGAGAUGCAGAAGUUUCAUCGAUUUGGCGCCUCCAUCAGAGAAAGGGAUGCUGUGGCUCUCUCUGGUAUCUGAGUUGUUGUACAUCAUUCUGCUGGUGGUGGGCUUCAGCCUCAUGUGUAUAGAGUUGAUCCACUCCAGCAAUGUCAUUGACGGACUCAAGCUGAAUGCCUUUGCUGCCGUCUUCACUGUCCUCUCAGGUCUUCUGGGCAUGGUUGCUCAUGUGAUGUACACACAGGUCUUCCAGGUCACUGUCAGUCUUGGACCACCUGACUGGAGGCCCUACAACUGGGACUAUGGCUGGUCUUUCUGUGUGGCUUGGGCCUCUUUCACCUGCUGCAUGGGCGCAUCGGUCACCACCCUUAACACUUACACGAAGACCGUCAUUGAGUUCCGGCACAAACGUAAGACGUUCGAGCAGUCCCUCCGGGAGGAACAGGCGCGGGAGGCUUAUGGAUAUUUCCGUGAUCACUCGUUGCAUUCUAUCUCUAAAUCUCUGGACGUUUACUCCAGCCAGUCCCUAAAAAGUGGCAGGAGACCGCCACUCCCUGCGGAUUCCUUAGACUUUGCUGAUUUUUCAGCAUCUUUGGGAGAGGAGCAAUGCUGAGUAAACCGAAAAGCAGCGGCUGGAUUUCUGCGAGUGGAAACAAGGCAAACAUUUAUAGCCUGGACUGUAGACUGUGGGCUAUAGAUUGUGAACUGUGGACUGUAGACUGUGGAUUGUGAACUGUGGAUUUUUGACUAUAGACUGGAUCUUCAACAGUGGACUGUGGACUAUGGACAGUCAGCCGUUGAGUGUGAACCUGAGACUGUGCGUUUGGCUCCAUCCAACACAUUUCAACACUGCCUUAAAACAGCAUGGAUGCUAACCAGUCCAGAUCCACCAAACAGAUGGACACACAGCAAAUCCUUUUGUAAAAGUCAUGACAUUGUCGAAUUAAAGGAAAUCUUUGAUCAACAAAA